GGAAGAACGAAGACAAUAAAUGAGUAAACCGAGUAGUCAUGUCUCAGACGCGUUGACCGAGUAAAGCGACUUAGCAUAACUUCUGCACUUCGUUGAUACCGAGAGGUAGAGCGAGUUAUGGCGGCAUCAUUGGUAGGAGGAGCUGCCAUAGGAGCUGUGUUUGGAGAACUCCUGAAAGCAGUUAUAGAUAUGAAAGACAGAGCUGUUAUGUUCAAACCAACCUUAGCAUACCUCAGAACAACGUUAACGGCGAUUGAUCCGGUGAUCAAGGAGAUAGAACAACAAAACAACGAACUGGGUCGCGCGAACGCCGAGCUAGAGUUGUUGAUCAAGGAAAUGGAAGAAGGCACAAAGCUUGUUUACAAGUGUUCCAAAAUCCACAAGCUGAAUUUUCCAGCUAGGAUUCGGUACCAAGAACAAUUGGUAGCACUGGUGGAGUCUCUGGUGAGGUUCUUUAUCAUUGAUAUGCAGGCUCAGAACGCAAGAGAUUUGAAAGAGACGUUGAUGAAGGUUAGAAGAAUACAUAGUGCGGUUAAUAAGAUGCAAUCGAAUAGCAAUGAAGAAACUACUGCUGGUGGUGGUUCAGUUUCUGAAUCUGAUUCUGCUAACGUACCUGUGGAGUUGAAUCAGAUAGAUGUAAAUGAUGAGACUACUGUCACAAUUCAGCAGCAAAAUGAUGAGAAUGUAACGGAAAUAACUAACUCUGUUUCGGAAAUCACAGUCCAGUUGGAGACCCUUCGGAAUGAUUCUGUUGAGCAAGUCAUGGAAGAUGGCACUAGACUCUUACACAUUGCUAGCCAAACUAAAGAAGAGGCAAAUAAUAGUCAAGAAGAAAAGCAGUUGACGGUUGUCAAAUCCUAUGAUCAAUCAUAUACAGAUCAGAAGAGAUUCAUGGGUAUAUGUCUGCCUACAACACCAAUUCGACGUAAGAAAAGUGGUGGAAAAUUCACUUUUGUUGAAGGGUGUCCUUACAAAUUUGAUAUUGAGGAUUUGUUGAGAGGUUCUGCUGAAGUUCUUGGACAUACAAGUUAUGCAACUACCUACACCACAGAGAUGAAGAAUGGCGUAACACUAGUUAUAAAGAGAUUAAAAGAUGUGGUGGUAGACAAGCAAGAAUUUGAACAGAAGAUAAAGAUUGUGCAAAGAAUUUCUCAGCACCCAAAUGUUCUGUCUCCUCUUGCCUGCUAUUGUUCCAAUGAUGAAAAUCUACUGAUUUAUGAGUACAUGCCAACAGGCAGCUUUUCGAAGCUAUUGCAUGAAACAUCCGAAGAUAGAGAUGUCCCAUUAGAUUGGAAUUCAAGAAUGAAGAUUUCACUUGGAGUUGCCAAGGGUCUUGCUCACAUCCACUCUCUCGAAGGAGGAACUUAUGUCCAUGGCAAUGUAAGAUCAUCAAAUGUGCUUGUCACAAAUGAUCAUCAAGGUUGCAUAUCAGAUCUCUCAAUGGCGUAUUCACUAAGUAACUCCUUCGACCAAUUUAGAAAAACAGGUUACCAACAAAACGAAGGCUGGUGGUUGGAAGCAAUGAAGGAAGAACUGACCCCCCAAAAAUGUGAUGUGUAUAGCUUUGGUGUACUUCUUUUUGAGAUGCUAACAGGAAGAGUGCCAUCAGAGUAUAAUGAUCUACCAACACAUGUUAAGGAUCUUGCUAUUGACGGCUUUCCUGUGUAUGAUAGUGCAAUUAGUCAAAUUUAUAAAAAGUAUGCCAGGAAGAUGAGGGAACUGGCAGAGAAAUGUACGUUUCAACGGAAAGAAAUACCAUCCAUGGCUAGUGUUGUUAGGGAAAUGGAAGAAAUAAGAGCACUUUAUUAAAUCCAAUAAAGGUAAGUUGUUUGGCACAAUAAUCUUUGGAAUAGUCAUGUUUCGGUUCAUGCAAUUAGAGUCUUCUGACAAUCUCUAAUUGCAAUAUAUCUGUUAUAUAAUGUUUUAUAUGUCAAUCAAUAUCACAUAAACUUAUUUUGUUGUGUUAA